AUGAUUAUAGCUAAAUAUCUCUACGUUUAUCUCGGAUUUUUCUUGGCUUUCGUUGGAUCAAUUGGUAAUUUAUUGACAUUCUCAGUGUUUGUGCGCCGAAAAAAAUAUCGUUCUCUUUCAAGUUCAACAUUUCUGGCUGGAUCAACAUUUGGAGAACAAUUAGUUCUCCUUUCAUCUGCUUUUCCAGAUUCAUUAACUUAUGCAUUGGACUACGAUUUCUACGGCAUAUCUAUAGAAAUGUGUAAAUCAACAUCAUUUUUGUAUUUUGCUGGUGGCGUAGUGGCUCUUACUUGUAUGUAUUUGGCAGCGAUCGAACGCUAUUUGCAAACAUGUCGAUCAUCAUCUCAACGAGAAUGGAUGACAUUAAAUAGAGCUCGAUUGCUCGUUUUUCUGACAACUCUAGUAUCUUCUGCUAUCAGUAUUCCUUUUGCUCUCUACCGAAAUGUUACAUCGAACAAUCAAUCAUGUGAGUAUGUCAAUGCUAACUUUAAACGCAUGGCUCCUCUUAUGUACGCAAUUGUCGGUGUUCCCAUGCCGAUUACACUUUUGAGUGUUUUUGGUUUUCUUACAUGGCGCAAUUUGAAAACACCUACUCAACGUCAACGUACAGGUUUAGCUACACAUAAACUUAAUAACCAAGUAGUUCGAAUGAUUUUGAUUCAAACAAGUAUAGUUGUUUUGUCGAUAUUGCCAGCAUCACUGUUGCAAGCCUAUUUUUUGAUAACAGACAAGAAUAGUCAGGGGACAACAGCUUUGGAUCAUUUCAUUCUCUGUAUUACACAGCUAUUGCUUUAUGUACAUUCAUGCGCUUCUCUUUAUGUCUAUGUAGUUGUAUCACGAACUUUUCGACACCAAGUACAAGUCAUGUUAUGCUUGAAACGACGUCGUUCGACACGAGUACUUCCUUUUACAGAAAAAACGAGACCAACUAGAAACCAAACAAUCGUAUGGUGA